ACAGCACUCAUCAAAAACAAGAUCCUUUUCAAAACUCGCCCCAAGCCCAUUAUCACCAACGUCCCCAAGAAAGUAUGAAAGAACCCCGGAUUUUCCCUAGAGAGCAGACAACUCCUUGGACUCGUGCUCAGUUGCCACCUCGAGGACUUGACGGUUCCUUGGGACCACAGGGGGGUCCUGUUCUAAACACAGGCCACCCGCUGGGCAUGAACUCUGAUCCCUUCCUUAUGGCAACUGGUUCUCUUGGUGGAAAUAUGGCCCCAUUCCCAAGGAACCCAUCGCCUUUUCCAACUUCACCAGGCUCAUUGGCUUCAAAUCCAGCACCUUUCCCUGCUGGUGCUCGUGACCCAGGCAUGGCUUCUUUUCCAAGAGGAAUGAAUCCCACUGGUACAGGUGCAGUUUCUUUCCCAAGGCCUGGUGGCCUCUUGGGCCCAGGCCCCGGCCCAGGCCCAUCUCUAAACCCAAGGACAGGGGCUCUUCCAGGCCCAGGACCUCUGUCUAAUCCAAGGUUAGGGGGUCUCCCAGGGCCAGGUCCUAUGCCCAACCCAAGGGCAGGUGGUCUCCUGGAAACAGGUCCUGACCCCAGAAGUGGUGGCCCAAUGGGCCCUGUAUCUGGGCUCAACUUGAGAGCAGGGAUCCUGUUGCCUUCUGGGAAUGGUCCUCCUAAUCCUAGGCCUGUUGGCCUGGGACCAGGACCAAGUCCCAGUCUGAGAUCAGGCUUCAGUUGUACAAACCCUGCCCCGAGAUCAGGUAUGUUUCCAGGUCCUGGCCUUGGGCCCAACCCAAGGGCAGGUGGCCUGGGGCCAGGUCCAAAUCUGGACUCCAGAGCAGGUGGACUCCUGGGCGCAGGAUCUGGUCUUAACUUAAGGAUGGCUGGACCUCAAGGCCUAGAUCUUGCCCCCAUUCUAAGAGCAGCAGGUCUAUUAGGAGCAAAUUCUGCUUUCUCACAGGCUUCUGGAAACAUGGGCACAAGCCCAUCUUCUAUGGCAAGAGUACCUGGCCCCAUAGGCCCAAACUUGGGUCCUGGCUCUCGAGGAAUUGGCCUUCCAGGGCCAAAUCCAUCUCCCGUGUCCAGAGCUACUGGCCCCAUAGGCUCUAAUUCAGCUCAUUUUUCAAGGCCAGCUGGGCCAAUGGGGGUGAAUGCCAAUCCCUUUCCAAGGGGGAACAGUUCAGGGGGGCUGAAUCCAGCUGCCUUUUCUCAGACUUCUGGCACAUUGGCUUCAAAUCCAGGUACCUUCCAGUGGUCUGCUGGCCUCCAGGGCUCAAGUCCAGCAAUUUUCCGAAGAACCUCUGGACCUCUUGGCCCCAACCCAGCUAACUUCCCCAGGGCCAGUGGCUUGCAGAGUCCAAGUCCUGCUGCCUUCCCAAGGUCUACUGGCCCAUUAGGCCAUGGUCAGCUUAUUUUUCCCAGGUCAGCUCCUGGGCCCCUGGGCUCUUCUCCAGCAGGCCCUGUGGGUAUCAACCCAGCUCCUUUUGCAAGGCCAACUGGGACCCUGGGUCUAAACCCAGCUUCCUUUCCAAGGAUGAAUGGCCCUGUAAGCAAGACUUUGGUCCCAUUUCCUAGAGUGGGGAACUUCCCUGGCACAAACCCAGCUGCUUUUCCCAGACCAGGGGGUCCUAUGGCUGCAAUGUACCCAAAUGGAAUGUUACCCCCUUAAACACUUUUCUCUCCAGGACCACUCUGGUUUCUAAGCACCGUGGUUCUGGGCAGGGGCU